AUGACGCGGUUCCUACGCCCUGGCCAAGCAGAUAAGGGGGCCGUCCCCGGCGGGCCGUUCCCUCUCCUCAGCCGCCUGGAGGCCGCCGACAACGAGGUGGCGGAGCUGGGCGCCGACAUCGCCGCCCUGCCGGCCCUCAAGAGCCUAGAUGUGGCCAACAACCGGCUGCAGGAGCUGCCCGCCGCGCUGGCCGACUGCCCCCGGCUGAAGGAGGCCAACUUCAGGGGCAACCAGCUGAAGGACAAGCGGCUGGAGAAGAUGGUCAACGGCUGCCAGACGAAGGCCAUCCUGGAGUACCUGCGGGCCGGGGGCCGCGGGAAGGGGAAGGCCGAGAGUGCCAGAGAGGAGGCCAGGAAGAAGAAGAGGGAGAAGCAGCAGCAGAAGAAGGACGGCGGGGACGGGGAGCAGGACGAGCUGGAGGAGGCGAGCAAGCUCAUGGUGAAGGUUCUGCACGUCUCCGAAAACCCAGCGCCCUUGGUUGUCAAAGCGAGCCCGGGCGUCAGAGACGUUCGACCCUUCAUUGUGUGCUGCGUGCUGAAGGGAGCGAACUUAAAGCCGGGAAACGCUCUGAAGAGGUUCCUGUCCAUGCAGACUAAACUGCACGAAGACAUCUGUGAAAAGCGGACAGCAGCCACAGUUGCCACCCACGACUUGCAGCUGAUCAAAGGUCCUCUGAGAUAUGAUGUUCAGCCUCCUGAUGAAUUGAAGAUAACGCCCCUGGGUCGAAAGGAGAUCAAGGCAAAGGAUCUUCUCCGUCAGCUGCAGUUAGAAGCUGAGGAGCAGAGGAAACAGAAGAAGCGUCAGAAUGUUUCUGGAUUGCACAAGUAUCUCCAGUUAUUGGAUGGCAAAGAUAACUACCCAUGUCUUGUGGAUGCUGAAGGCAGUGUGAUUUCUUUCCCACCGAUAACCAACAGUGAGAAAACAAAGAUUAGAAAAGACACCCGUGAUCUAUUUCUGGAAGUGACAAGCGAUACCAGUUUACAGAUAUGCAAAGAUGUCAUGGACACACUAAUUCUGAAAAUUGCAGAACUGAACAGAUCUACCUUGGAAAAUAAGGAAGACUCAGGCUCGGAUAAUGAAUCUGAUGCUUUUUGCGGACCAGUGAAUUUGAACCCUGGCCAAAACGUACAGCCGGUGAAUUUUCCAUUGGUGGUGGAGCAGGUUCGAGUGGUGGACACAGAUGGAAACUUGAAAGUACUUUACCCUUCAAAAACUGACCUAACCACAGUUUCCUCUCUUCUGACUGUAAUACGUUAGCAGCUAUCAAAGCUAAGGAAAUGAUUCAAUUUUCUUUUUUGUUUCCCCCCUCCCCGUAUUCGACAGUGCAACUUGUAGGCAGUGAGGUGGUUUGUUUUUUUUAAAGAAAAGAUGCAGUGCAUCCUGCCUGGGUAUGUGAAAACUUUAAAGUUUGAUCAAGCUACAGCAAGGAGUAUUGCCUUCUUUCAGCCUUAACAGAAAGUCACCAGUAUUCUGACUAGGUAGAGAUAACAGCAUCUUCACAUGCGAUCUUAAAGGCAGAGAAGGUACUGGAGGUCAGGCUGCAUUAACUUGUAGAGAAAAUCAUUAUGACAUCAUAGUGUUUAUAAAGUGAGUGCAGUCGUAUUUUUCUGCAAAAUCACCAUUUCUUCCUGGUGUGUUUCGGCUGGAUUAUAAUUUUGGCAGCUAAACUGGGAAAUCCAGUAGGUGACAGCAUUGAAACGCAGUCACGUGCUAUAUACCGAUACUGAAGACAGAAUGCAAAACUACUUUGCUAACAUUCUGCCUAAUUUUAUUUUUGUAUCUGGAGUAAUUGUGAAAAUUUAAUUGCUGUCAGAGCUUGAGGAAUCAGUUUUAAAGUGAUGGUUUCUGUGUUCAGACAUUAACAUGGCUUUUGUUUUUAACUGAAGUCAGUCCAAUUGACUGCAGGGGUUUGUGUGUCCCAGUGCAUUUUAAAGCUAUCAUCCACCCUUGGAAAUACCAGUUGUAGCGACCUUGUUGUGUACCUGCUGAGUUACCGUUGAUCGAGCACUGAAUUUAUUCAUGCUCGUGAAGUUCCGUUCAGAGGGCUAAUGCUGCCUUACAUCAACACUAUGGAAGCUCCCCAUCUCCCCAGAAUACAAGCGUUCUUGCCCAAAGUGACCCUCCUGGAGCUUUCUGUCACACUCCCACAUGAAGAGUGUUGGGGAUACCUUCCAAAAUACAGGUAGUUUGAGUGGUUCUGAUUUUUGCAGUCUGUGGGUGACUUUCACAUCCAGGCUACUACCUGUAUGAAUGCAACCAUCUCCAUAAGUUAGUGUGACUGACAGAUUGAACUUUUUCUGUUAAAAAUGAUACAGAGCUCUAACUGAACUUCUAGAUACUGUGUCAAAUACAUCCACGUGUUGGGACUUGCAUAUUGAAUGGAAAAAUAAAACAGUUCUUGCAGUCAUAUGUCACUGUCACUUGUUUUGGCAUUGGUGAAUUUUCCAGUCGUGUAACUAUACAAGCUUGCCAAAGCAGCUAUUGUAUACUGCAAAAAAUGGUAACUAACCACUUUCUAGCUACUUGUGGUCGUGCAGUCCUUAGUGUAGUGCUUCAGGCUUCCCUGUGAAGUCUAAUGUUUCUACAGACCACUGAUUUACAGUGAAUUGUGCUCCGAGUCGGUUGAAAAAAUUGAAUUAGAUACUGCUGCAGAACUUGAUUUAGUAAAAUGAGUUUAAUUUCUUAGUAAGUCACCAUCUCAAAACCAAGGAACGGGAGCCUGAAGUUGGUGACGUAUUCUGACUUGGCUGUUAGGGCUGCUUUUCAGGUGUUAAAAGAUGCUACCCUGCAGGACUCUUUCUCCUUCCCUUAGCACUGGUAGGCGAUGGAAGUAGAUGUGUUGAUGCUGUAGAGCGACAGGACUUUGAUGCCUUCCUGUUUCAGCAUCUGAUGGAACUCCAUCCAUUUGUUAAUUAUUUUAUAAAAAUGAGGGAUGUGUAAAGAGGUGGGAAAGCAUUAGGUGGAGAGCAGUACUGCAAAGUGUACCCUUAUCUCAUCAGUCCGUUCUAGCUGGCUGCUAGAAGCAGAGUUCAAAAGAGGCACGUACCUGUAUUGCCUCCAGUACUCUCGCCUGUGACCUCUGCCUCAGGAGGCUUGCUGUCCAUCAUACUGAACAUAGCCUGAAUUACUUCGCUUCGAUAUCUUUCAUUCAAACUUUUGAUAAGAGAGGAAAGUAGGUGUGUUUAGUCUUUAUAUACAAUUCUUUGGCAUUUGCAUGGAUUUACAGAGACUACACUAUCUGAGUGGGGCAAAGUACUAGUGAAUGAUGAAACAGAAGGUCUGUUUAUGGGAAAUUACGGGCUGUUUGACUGGGCUUCACUGCAAGGACUGUGAUAAUGAUGUGUUUCGGUGUGGGCCGAGUCCCUUACCCGGGUAUCGGGCCCUGUGCUUGCUACCAGGCACGUAUGCCUGCAGGAAAUGGCUUUAAGGUGAUAACCUGUUACUUUGAGUCCAGAAGGAUAUUAGAAAUCUGGUGAUGUAACUGUUCUGAACUUGAGUUUCUCAAGGGCUUCUGGUAUUUGCGGCCUGUUUGCUUUGUAAGUGACAUGAGCCACAUGCUAAAAAGCCAGAAUGCAUUUCCUGCUCCUCUGGCCCCGUGGCCACAAAGGGAGGCCAGGCCUUGAGAGCAAAGGACUGUAAUGCCCUGGUGCAUUUCCCACUGUGCUUCUGCCCAAGAAUGUCUAAGCUUUCAGAUUCUCUGCUUGAAAUGCUUGAAGUGUCUCCCAAGAAGGAGGCAGGAGUCUGAAGUGAAGGAGGCUACACUUACCCAGCUGGUGAUGCAUUUGAGUGCCAUUCUAGUUUGCAGCUUGCUGUGCUGCAGCGUCUCAGCUUGGCUCUGGAUCGCCUCUUGGGCCUGUUGCUGCUUGUGGAUGUGGUAUGGGCUGGUCAGAACCUCUGCCUGUAGCUGGCUGACCGUCCCCUGUAACUCACUGAUCAGCUCGUUCUGCUCAGCUGGUUUGGAUUCUUGUUCUGUAACAACCUGAGGAGAUAGGUAAAUCAAGCCAUUAUUGUGAGGAAGGAGGCGAGCAGGCUUGGCUGCAUCUUCCCAGUACCUGGUCCAAAUGCUUCUUGUAUUUCCUGGGCAGAGUCUACAGACUAACAACCUUGCCGGUACUAGUAACUGUUAUUACUUGGUGUUUUCUCUGAAACUACUGAAUUGGGUAGGGUUUUCUUAUGUGGCAAACUCCCCCAAGCCUAAAGCAAGCACCACUCUGCAGCUAAUACAAGCAUUUUCUAUAGGGGCUUUGCACCAAGUUUACCUCUCAAAGACUGCAGUUCUCCUUCUCUAUUGUCACCACCAUUUCUUCGUGUUUCCAUCCUUCUCUCAGACUGCAAAACUUAAGAGAACAUAGUUUAUGCUUCAGUUCUGCAGCGCACAGGUGCACCUCCUGUCUAUGC